UACAGUCUCACACACAACGACCUCUCUUCCUCCUCCUCUCUCUCUCUAUCCUCAACCCAUUCCCUUCUUCCAUGGAGGUCUCCUUCUCUUCCAACCCUCAAUUACUCACCUUCAAUCCAUGUCUUCCUCUCAAUUCCUCUUCCUCCUUCUCCUACACUCGCCUCCGCUUCGUUCGCCGCCAGUUUCUUGGUUCUGCUCAUAAUCUUCGCCCGCCGGAUGUUCUGCGCUCUCGUCGUAGGUGCAGGAAGGUUGGCUUCCUUGUUCAGUCUCCGAGAUGCAUGUUUCGUGCUGCCUUCACUUCCAAUCCGGUUCUCAUCGUUGUUGCUGUGGUUACUUUCUCGGCUGUUUCGUUUAUCUAUAUGAACUUAAAUAAGAGGAAGAAGAAUGCGGUUGAGCGUUCUCAAUCUCCAAAGCUUGCCUUAUCUCAACUAGGUAGAGGCGUCAACUGGUCCGUCGAUGAUCAGGUAAUGGGCUUUAGGGAUCAUCAUGGUGACUUCUUAGAGCAGAACAUAGCCGUAAAGGAUAGAACUGAAGAGAGAAGUAAUUCUGGGGAAGAAGAGACUGUUCUGCAUCUUCAAACAUCAGUUUUGUCACAUGAGGCCAAUGUCACCGAAACAUUGCCGCCAUCUGUUGAAUUUACCACUUCUAGGGAUAGUGGUUCUCUGUUUUCAGAUGAAACUGAAGCAGCAGAUCCUUCUCUUCCUUCUGAUAUCUUUGAAUCUGGCGUCCUGCAGCCUCUUAUUUUUGCCAACGACAUGACUGACUUGCAGCUAAAUGUAUCUGAUGUCAAAUCCCACUCUGACUUGGCCGUUGUGCUUGAUACAACUGAGCUUCCGCCUGUUUCUGGUCCUUUAUAUAGUGUAUAUAAUCAAGUGACUCAAGAUUUCAAAGCAGAUGGCGAGCUUCUAAAAGUGGAGAAGUUAAUCGGUUCCAGUUUUCUAAUUGAAGAACCGUCUAGAGAAGAUAUUUACAUGUUCUAUGAAGAUACAAAGUCAAGUAGUCAAAUGGCAACUUCUUCUCGUACUUCUCAUCUAUACAACCAAAAAUUUUCUUCUGUGACGAUUAACGGUAUCUCAAGAGGAGCAGAAUUAAUGUUGGAGGAUUCUCUUCAAAUUGCAGGAUAUGUUGAAAGAAGAGAACCUGUUGCAAGAUAUAAGGGAGGUUCUUCAGGGGACAAAAAUAAAUCUGGAGGGGGCAACAAUAUUGUAGGACACGGAGAAAGAAAAGAAGCCAGCCUGCAUAAAGAGAAAGUUGUGAAUGGGUUACCCUAUCCAAAUGGGAAGCAUGUUCAUAACAAAAAUCUUCAUGUAGAUCAAUAUAAAGCGUACAAUCAAUGUCUGAAAGGUGGAAGGUUGAACGAAUGUAUCAAAAUACUUCAGGAUAUGGAAAAAGCAGGCUUAUUGGACAUGAAUAAGAUUUAUCAUGGAAAGUUUUUCAAUAUUUGCAAGAGUAAAAAGGCUGUUCAGGAAGCUUUUCAGUACACCAAACUUAUUGCAAACCCCACAUUGAGUACAUUUAAUAUGCUCAUGUCUGUAUGUGCAAGUUCUCAAGAUUCUGACAGAGCUUUUCAAGUUGUGCGGCUUGUCCAGGAGGCUGGAAUGAAAGCAGAUUGCAAACUAUACACUACUUUAAUCUCAACAUGUGGCAAAAGUGGAAAAGUGGAUGCAAUGUUUGAGGUAUUCCACCGAAUGGUUAAUGCUGAAGUGGAACCUAAUGUUCACACAUAUGGGGCACUUAUUGAUGGUUGUGCAAGAGCAGGUCAAGUGGCCAAGGCAUUUGGCGUAUAUGGAAUAAUGAGGUCAAAAAACGUGAAGCCAGACAGAGUUGUAUUCAAUGCACUUAUCACUGCAUGUGGUCAGUCAGGAGCAGUGGAUCGUGCUUUUGAUGUGCUGGCCGAAAUGGGGGCUGAGCUACAUCCUAUAGAGCCUGAUCAUUUUACAAUUGGUGCUUUGGUCAAAGCAUGUGCAAAUGCUGGUCAGGUUGAUCGGGCAAAAGAAGUGUAUAAGAUGAUCCAUGAUUGUAACAUUAAGGGAACACCAGAGGUUUACACCAUUGCUGUUAAUUGUUGUAGUCAAUCUGGUGAUUGGGACUUUGCUUCCACUGUAUAUCAAGAUAUGACCAGGAAAGGAGUAAAACCUGAUGAGAUUUUUUUCAGUGCAUUAAUAGAUGCGGCAGGCCAUGCUGGUAAGCUGGAUUCUGCUUUUGAAAUCUUAGGAGAAGCCAAGACACUGGGGAUACGUGUUGGCAUUGUAUCAUAUAGUUCGUUGAUGGGUGCCUGUAGCAAUGCUAAAAACUGGCAGAAGGCGUUGGAACUGUAUGAGGAUCUCAAGUCUACGAAAUUGAGGCCAACUGUUUCAACUGUGAAUGCAUUAAUAAAUGCACUGUGUGAUGGGGAACAACUACAAAUGGCUAUGGAUAUUCAGAGAGAAAUGAAGGGAUUAGGACUCUACCCUAACAACAUUACAUACUCUAUACUUAUGGCAGCAAGUGAAAGGAAUAAUAAUUUAGAAAUUGCCCUCGAACUCCUCUCUCAAGCCAAAGAGGAUGGUGUUGCCCCAACUUUAACUAUGUAUAGGUGCAUAAUUGGCAUGUGCUUACGAAGAGUUGCAGAGCCCUCUUCCCUUGAUAGACCGCUCUUAUCUCUUGACACUAGCUGGCCUCAAGUCGAUAGUAAGUGGGCAGCACAGGCCUUAAUGGUGUACCGGCAAAUAAUCGAAGCCAGAAUUGUUCCGAGCAUUGAAAUCUUGUCUCAAGUUUUGGGGUGCUUGCAGAUUUCUCAUGAUCCCUCCUUAAAACGUAGACUCAUAGAAAACAUUGGAGUAAGUGCUGACACAUCAAGAUCUUCAAAUCUAAGCUCCUUGAUAGAUGGCUUUGGAGAAUAUGAUCCUCGCGCAUUUUCACUGUUGGAGGAAGCUGCUUCACUUGGAGUUGCUCCAUUUGUAUCCCUCAAGGGAAGUCCUAUUGUUGUAGAUGUCAAGGAGUUGCAGAUUCAUACAGCUGAGGUUUACCUGUUGACAGUUUUGAAAGGUCUCAAACAUCGGCUUGCCGCUGGUUCAAAGUUACCGAACUUACUGAUCUUACUGUCAGUUGAGACGACACAAAUUCUCUCUUCCAAGGGCGAGAGGACCAUUAACCUUGCUGGAAGGGUUGGACAAGCAGUUGCAGCAUUGUUAAGAAGACUUGGACUUCCCUACCAAGGAAAUGAAUCAAGUGGAAAAAUCAGAAUCAAUGGUUUAGCCUUGAGAAGAUGGAUGCAACCAAAACAUUCCGAUUCUCGAAUCGGAAAACCUGGAGAGUUCAGCUUGUUUCAGUCACGUCUAGGAAAAGAAAUAAGCCAUCAGCAACGUAAUAUUCGCUCUGGGCAUCUCUCACUGGAUUAAACAGGUAUGCAAAAACAUUAAGACAGCUUAGGAAUGUCUGAUGCAUUUUGCUACCAUAAACUGUUGAAACCAGUGACCUUCCACACCACUUUAAUCCAAUCCAACCGCAUGUUUAGAACUUUCUCAUAAAUGUUAGAAUAAGUAGCCUACUGGUUCUCUCAAUGGAAAUUCUAGUUGAGGGGGACGUAUGAUGCGGUAUAGAGCUUUCGGUUUCGUGGCAAAUUCAUGGGAAGAGAGGAGCAAUUUGCAGACCUUGAUGUGAAUGGAUCUUACUGGAAAAUGUUUCUGGUCAAGAAGUUCAUCACCAAAGUUGGUACUCCAAUUAUGUGAGUUGAUCUUCUACUUCCUUUCCUGAGGUAAUUUAUAUUAUAUAUACGAAAUGGUUGUCAAAUUUUGUAAUGCCAAAACAUAUGACGACUUUAUCAAUUCAUCUUUCUUUCCUUCUAUUUUUGGAAUGAGAUGUAAAAAUGUAAACUAUUACUAAAAUUUAUUCACCCAUGAGUUUGUUCACACAUUUUCUUACC